GGAAAAAUAGGCGGGGCCUGGGGCGUCCAAUGAUAAGUAGCUCCCAUAGAAAGAGGGCGGUGUCUCGUGAUAGAAUUGUCCAAUGAAAAUCAUCAACACCAGACUCGACGACAGCGCCAGGGCGGAGGAGACGAUGGAGAAUUUCACCGCGCUGUUCGGGGCUCAGGCUGAUCCACCGCCGCCCCCGACAGCACUCGGCUUCGGACCCGGAAAGCCUCCACCCCCUCCUCCUCCUCCGCCGGGUGGGGGACCUGGAACAGCCCCACCUCCUACCGUGGCCACUGCUCCUCCCGGCGCUGACAAGUCAGCGGCUGGUUGUGGCCCCUUCUACUUAAUGAGGGAAUUGCCAGGUAGCACCGAGCUGACAGGCAGCACCAACCUGAUCACACACUAUAACCUGGAACAUGCCUAUAAUAAAUUCUGUGGGAAGAAGGUGAAGGAGAAGCUAAGUAACUUCUUGCCUGACCUGCCAGGAAUGAUUGAUCUGCCUGGUUCCCAUGACAACAGCAGCCUUCGCUCCCUCAUUGAGAAGCCCCCUAUUCUUGGUGGCUCUUUUAAUCCUAUCACGGGGACCAUGCUAGCUGGCUUCCGCCUCCACACAGGCCCGUUGCCGGAGCAGUGUCGUCUGAUGCAUAUUCAGCCUCCCAAGAAGAAGAAUAAACAUAAGCACAAACAGAGCCGCACCCAGGAUCCUGUCCCCCCAGAAACACCAUCCGAUUCGGAUCACAAGAAGAAGAAAAAGAAAAAAGAGGAGGAUCCUGAACGGAAAAGAAAGAAGAAAGAAAAGAAGAAAAAAAAGAACCGACACAGUCCAGACCACCCAGGUAUGGGUAGCUCCCAGGCCAGCAGCAGUAGCAGCCUUCGCUAACAAGACCACUGGGCUCGGCCAGGAUGGCUUUUGUUGUACUGAACCUGCUGACAGUAACUGUCUUCUUGGACUCUUGGACAUUGUCUUGGGGGCAUCUACAGUUGGGGCAGAGGCCAGCAUCUGGUGUCCUCAGCUGAGAUUACUACAUUAGAAAAGGGCCGUGCUUUGUAAGGCUUGGCCCAGUUUGCUUUUUCCAGGACAUCUCUUCCUCUCUCAGGAAGUUUUGUGUCUUUCCCUUUUGUGCAAUUUGUCUGAUUUAGGACUUGAUCUGUUAGGGGUUUUCUUACCAAAAAAAAAAAGCAUUUAUCAAACUGGCUAAAGUGUGGCUGCCUAUUAAGAGGUAAGUGCCUUUCUAUGAGAGUCAGGGUUUAAGAUAAGGCAUUCCUAAAUAAGAUCUGAGGGGAUUUGAGUCUUGUCAUUAUAUUAUCUCAUUAGCAGGCAGGGACACAAGUAAAAUGAGAUUGGAGAGCUUGGUCCAAAAGUGAGGCACAGGUUGCUAAUACUUUUCCACAGCCAACACAUAACACUGCCCAUAAUCUUGAAAACCAAGUGCCUGGAUCAUCUUCAGGUUCCUUCUGAAGAGUUGAUAUAUUCAGGGCUCAGCUCUAUGUUUUAGGUCAAUUUUGUGUUGAAACAGAAUAGCUGACUGAAAAAGCAUCCACAAUCACCAGUGUAUUUCAACAAGAUUGGUUCUUAAGUCAGAAUCCUGUUAUCGUUUGAAAUGAAACCUCUGGCAAACAAA